CAUGCUCUGGUCAGAUGAGGAUAUGGAUACAUAUGUGAAGAGAGUGACAGAGAUCUGAGUGAGAAGAAGAAGGCGCAGAAAAAGGAAAUGAGACUUUGAGCUGCAGUCUGAGGCUGACUCGAGCAUUUUCAUCAACAGUCUAAAUAGCAGUUUGAUUAAAGUUUUAAGGUAUUUUAUCCAAUAAUGGCAACUCUUUGGCAAUUUACACUUUUUCUCUGCAUGCUGCUGAUGGCGUGUGGAGGCUUGAGCCUGGCUAGUGAAGAAGCAAAAACCCGAAAUACACAAACAGAAACUGGGACGGCCUCAAGCUCUAACACAACUGGAGAAGGUGGUCAUGGAGGGCCGCCCAUCACUACACUGCCUAUUGUGACCUGGAAGUGGGAUCACAUCAGCGUACAGUACCUGGUGGCCCUGUGGGUUUUGGUUUGCUGGCUCUGCAAACUCCUCAUUGAGGCCAACCAUAAUGUCACCAACUACAUACCUGAGAGUGCCCUCCUCAUCUGCUCUGGUUUCAUUUUGGGUGGCAUGAUUUGGGGUGCAGACAAGGUGCAGACCUUCUCACUGAGCCCAACAGUCUUCUUCUAUUUUCUGUUGCCUCAAAUCAUUCUGGAUUCAGGCUACCACAUGCCAAACAAGCUCUUCUUCACAAACCUGGGUGCUAUUUUGAUCCAUGCCGUCAUUGGGACCUGCUGGAAUGCUGCCAGUUUGGGGCUGUCGCUAUGGGGGUGUCACAUGGGAGGAGCCAUGGGUGACCUGGACAUCGGUCUGCUGCAGUAUCUUCUUUUCGGAAGUCUGAUGGCUGCUGUGGACCCCGUGGCUGUCUUAGCUGUGUUUGAUCAGGUCCACGUUAACGAAGUCCUCUUCAUCAUAGUGUUUGGAGAGUCGCUGCUCAACGACGGUGUGACAGUGGUGCUUUUUAAUGUGUUUGAUGCAUUUGUAUCGCUGGGAGGAGGCCGAAUUAAUGCAGCAGAAAUUAUUAAAGGAAUAGUUUCCUUCUUUGUGGUUGCAUUUGGUGGUUCCCUUGUGGGCAUAGCAUUCGGCAUACUAAUUUCACUUCUGACCAGAUGCACAAAAAACAUCCAGAUCAUCGAGCCAGGCUUCAUCUUUGUCAUGGGAUACCUUUCCUACCUGACUGCUGAGAUGCUUUCUCUGUCUGCUAUCCUUUCGACUACAUUCUGCGGUGUGUUAUGUCAGAAGUACGUCAGAGCAAACAUGGAUGAGAGUUCCGUCCAAACAGUCAAAUAUGCCAUGAAGGUUUUCGCCAACGGAUCAGAAACCAUCAUCUUUGUUUUCCUCGGUAUCUCGGCCAUCGAUAAGGUUAUCUGGGUUUGGAACACGGGCUUCAUCCUCCUCACAGUCUUCUUCGUCUUUGUGUAUAGAUUCAUUGGUGUGUUUUUCCUGCAGUGGAUCCUUAACAGGUACAGGCUGGUCCCAGUUGAAUUAAUAGAUAUGGUGAUCAUGAGCUACGGUGGCCUACGAGGGGCUGUUGCGUAUGGCCUGGCUGUGUUGCUGGAUGAGAAAAAGAUAAAGGAGAAAAACCUGAUGAUCUGCACUACUCUCAUUGUGGUGUACUUCACUGUCAUCUUGCAGGGAAUAACGAUGAAACCUCUGGUCAUGUGGCUUAAAGUAAAGAGAGCUGCAGUAACUGAGGUCUCACUCCUAGAGAAAAUUACAAACAAGAUGUUUAAUCACACUCUGGUUGCCAUCGAAGACAUAUCAGGACAAAUAGGAGAUAACUACUUCAGGAGCAAGUGGAGGCAUUUUGAGGAGAAGUGGAUGACGCCAUUUUUGAUGAAGCCAUCUGCAAGGAAGAAACAAGAUGACGUGUUUGAUGUCUUCCAUCAGCUGAACCUCAAGGAUGCCAUGGAAUAUGUGACUGAAGGCGAGCGUAGAGGCUCUCUGGAGUUUGUCCGUAAUGACAGCGCCAUUCUUGAUUUCAAGAAAAAGUUGGAAAGUGAAUACACAGAGGUCAUGCCUGACAUCCCACCUUACAUGAUAAAUGAUCAUGGUGCAAUGUUCACUAUGGGUAGAGACCAUAUUCCAUCAGUGAGCCUGGAAAUGCACGAGCAGACCAUGAAGGCUAUGAGGGGAGCUGAGGCAGUUGAUGUUCACCACCUUCUUGAUCAGCAUCUCUACAAGAGCAGAAAACAGUAUCGCCACGGGUUCAGUCGCAGUGAUUUCAAAAUCAACAGAGAUGAGAAAGAAGUCCAGGAGAUCUUCCAGAGAACCAUGAGGAACCGGUUGGAGUCAUUCAAGUCUGCAAAGAUGGGUGUUUCACCUCCAAAGACAAUUGUCAAGUACUCAAAGAAAGAACAGCAGGAGAAGACCCCAAAUGGAAAGUCAGUGAGCAAGACUAAACUCUGCCAUUCUGGUGAUGAAGACUUUGAGUUCUCAGAAGGAGAUAGCGCCUCUGGCUAUGACUCGUCAUACCCUUCUUUCUCCAUGAGAGCCACGUACAGACCAGGAGGUGGGAUUGAGAACCCAGCCUUCGUGCCAGAUCUGUACCCCACGGAUUUGUUGCAGGAGAUCCCUCCUUGGCUGGCAGAGAGUGAACCCGACAGCAGCAUGGUGGCUCCGUCAUUGCGAGCCCAGGCGAAUCUUCCCAAUUCACCUAUGGAAAUGCGCCGCCUGGGGCUUCUUCGUGCCAGCACUCGCUCUACUGACACAAAGCAGAUGAACAAUGAUCAGUUGCCCCCUCCACCAACAUCUCCUCCUCCCCCUCCUCCUCCCAGUGGCCAAAUGUAACUGUAUCCCAAUGCAGACACCCUGUUCUGUCUCACUUGAACCUGGAACAAAGACAGAAAACAAACCUCAGACUAAUUAACCAUCUACUCUCAUACUGACAAGAAAAUGUUUAUUUUUCCAUGACUAUGGUUAGCUCCUGUGUUUCUACACAAAACAUUUACAUAACCUCUUUAAACAACCCCUGCUGUUUUUAGGUUCACCCUUCACUUGGCAAAAGAAAAACUGCACUGAAACAAAUCCUUUAUGUUCAACAUUAGAUAUAUGUUGAACAUUGUCAUAUAGUCUGUGGUUUGUAGUAAACAUGCUAUUGAAAAUUAUUAUUUAAGGGUUUUUUUUUUCAAAACAUCUUAAUAUUAUGUAAAAACCUUUCAAAUGACGUGUAGAUAUCAAUUAUAAAAACAGUGAUUUAAAAUA